GGAGACACAGAUAAUACGUCCAAAAAAAGGAGACAGAGAGAGAGAUCGGAUCAUUGAAACCCAAAAAUGGUGGGAGACGUAGAGAAGAUGAUCGGGGUGGGGCUAGUCUGGGGCGCCACCAACGCCCUAAUGCGACGUGGCGCCCUCCUAUGGGACCAAGCCCUCAAGUCCUCUUCAUCGCAGCAGAACACAGCCCACGGCAAUAAGCUCCUCACUUCCCUGAAAAGCUGGCUGAAGCUCCUCUCAAUCUGGCAGUACACGAUCCCCUUCUUCGUCAACCUCUCCGCCUCCGCCACCUUCUUCGCCAUCCUCAGCCACACCCCGAUCUCCCUCGCCGUCCCCGUCACCAAUGCCACCACGUUCGCCGCCACCGCCGUUUUCGGGUUGCUGUUGGGGGAACAGACCCACUUGGGUUUGGCUCUGUUCGGUACGGCUUUGAUUGUCUUGGGCAUUUGGCUUUGUAUCACAUAGAUAGGGUUUUGCUUUUGCUACAUGUAUUCAUGAAUGAAUAAAUGACAAGGUUGAGAACAUGGAGAAGCACAAUCUUCAGUGUUCAUAUAUGAUAUUACAGCUACCGCCGAAGUUCUAUGUUAUGUAAAAUGAAUGCUGCGCAGAUUUUAUGUACCAUGUAUUGUUCGAAAUCAUUUGAUGUUGCUUGAAGUUUGGAGUUGAGCAUUUGAAGCUGACUUUCAGCUGGAGCUAAUGUUUUG